UCUAAGAUAUGGCGUCUUCCGUGGCGUCCCUCGUUAUUGCUAUCUUAGUUGUUGCUCUAAGCGUGCCAUCGUCAAUUGCUAGAGAGUAUCGUUACGCUCCUUGGCUACCACCUCCUACGUAUAAGUGGCGGCCAAUUUAUCGCUCUCCUCCAUCACCUGUGUAUUACUCUCCUCCUCCACCGGUUUAUCAUUCUCCUCCGCCACCUGUCUAUAAAUCUCCUCCACCACCUGUGUAUUACUCUCCUCCUCCACCGGUGUACCAUUCUCCUCCACCUCCUGUCUACAACUCUCCACCACCGCCUAUUUAUAAAUCUCCUCCUCCUCCUGUGUACUACUCUCCUCCUCCACCCGUGUAUCAUUCUCCUCCACCUCCUGUCUACAAAUCCCCUCCCCCACCUGUGUAUCCCUCUCCUCCACCUCCUGUGUACAAGUCUCCCCCACCACCAGUCUACUAUUCUCCUCCGCCACCGGUCUAUUCCUCUCCUCCACCUCCUGUCUACAAGUCUCCUCCGCCACCAGUCUACUAUUCUCCUCCGCCACCGGUCUAUCACUCUCCUCCACCUCCCGUGUACAAGUCUCCUCCACCACCAGUCUACUAUUCUCCUCCGCCACCAGUCUAUCACUCUCCUCCACCUCCUGUCUACAAGUCUCCUCCACCACCGGUCUAUCACUCUCCUCCACCUCCCAUGUACAAGUCUCCUCCACCACCAGUCUACUAUUCUCCUCCACCACCGGUCUAUCACUCUCCUCCACCUCCCGUAUACCAUUCUCCUCCGCCACCAGUCUACCAUUCUCCUCCUCCACCAGUCUAUUCGUCUCCUCCACCUCCCUAUUACUCUUCUCCUCCGCCUCCAGUCUAUAAAUCUCCUCCUCCGCCCGUCUAUUCGUCUCCACCGCCUCCCGUGUACUACUCUCCUCCUCCAGUAGUCUACCCAUCUCCUCCACCGCCUGUCUACAAAUCUCCACCUCCCCCAGUCUACCCGUCUCCUCCACCUCCUGUGUACUACUCUCCUCCUCCACCUGUCUAUAAAUCUCCUCCUCCACCGGUUUAUUCGUCUCCUCCACCUCCUGUGUACUACUCUCCUCCUCCGCCGGUCUACUCGUCUCCUCCACCUCCUGUGUACUACUCUCCGCCUCCACCUGUCUAUAAAUCUCCUCCUCCUCCUGUCUACUCGUCUCCCCCGCCACCUGUGUACUACUCUCCUCCUCCACCUGUCUAUAAAUCACCUCCUCCGCCUGUCUACUCGUCUCCCCCGCCGCCUGUGUACUACUCUCCUCCUCCACCUGUCUAUAAAUCACCCCCUCCACCAGUCUACUUGUCUCCUCCACCGCCUGUGUACUACUCUACUCCACCGCCUGUCUAUAAAUCUCCUCCUCCGCCAGUCUAUUCGUCUCCUCCACCUCCUGUGUACUACUCUCCUCCACCUCCCGUGUACUACUCUCCUCCACCACCUGUCUAUAAAUCUCCUCCUCCGCCAGUCUACUCGUCUCCUCCACCUCCUGUGUACUACUCUCCUCCACCUGUCUACCCAUCUCCUCCACCUCCCGUGUAUUACUCUCCUCCACCACCUGUCUAUAAAUCUCCACCACCGCCAGUCUACCCAUCUCCUCCACCUCCUGUGUAUUACUUUCCUCCACCACCUGUCUAUAAAUCUCCCCCUCCACCAGUCUACUCGUCUCCACCUCCUGUAUACUAUUCUCCUCCUCCACCUCCUCCAGUGUACUCGUCUCCUCCUCCACCUGUCUAUAAAUCUCCUCCUCCUCCAGUCUACUCGUCUCCUCCACCCCCUGUGUACUACUCUCCUCCUCCACCUGUCUAUAAAUCUCCCCCUCCCCCAGUCUACUCGUCUCCUCCACCUCCUGUGUACUACUCUCCUCCACCACCCGUCUACAAAUAUCUUCCACCACCCGUCUACUCGUCUCCUCCACCUCCCGUCUAUAAGUAUCUUCCACCACCCGUCUACAAAUAUCUUCCACCACCCGUUUACUCGUCUCCUCCCGUCUAUAAAUAUCUUCCACCACCCGUCUACUACUCUUCACCACCAACAAAGUACAUUUACAAUUCACCUCCGCCACCUUUGUACUUUUAGGUUAACAUACGUACUCUAAUCCUAAGUAAGGGGAUAGCCAAAUGAAGAUCAUGAUCGAUGUUAUACAAAGAAGAAGGCCUUUUAAUUUGUUUGUUGAUUGCAUCUAUGAUACUUUUAAUUGUUUCUACACAUCUUGUUUUUCGAAUACUAUUGAUCAAUAAAAUUAAAGCUUUUAUGU